CGUUUAUGCCACCAUUGCUACGAUGGUGUUUGGUGGCUGAUGUGGACCGUUUUUCGCUUUUCGCUUUUCGCUUUUUUUUAUCCUUUCUGUGCUUCCAAACCUCACCUCACUUUCAAGCUCAUCCAUUCACAAUGAUUCUGGGAUUCUGGGGUCUGACAGUCUUUCCUGAAAAGACAUACACACAAAUUGUCGAGGACUCCUUCAAGUUGUCCAUGGCUGCCUUGGACGAAGAGACUAAGCCUGGUCGUUCGUCCAUUCGCGUCACUAUCAAUAACAAGACAUUUAUUCUCUGCUCGCUGAUUGCCGACCAAAUCGAGCAGCAGAACCUGGACUUGGUUUUCACUGAGGGAGAGGAGAUCAGUUUCUCUGUUUCUGGUGACAACGCUGUCCAUCUUUCAGGAAACUACCUGCCUGAGGAUGAGGGUAUGGAUUACGAUGAGGAGGAUAUAGAGGGCAACAUGGAUGAUGAGGAUGAGGAUGAUGAGGAUGAUGACGAGGACGAGGAAGACGAGGCGAUCAGGAUCCUUAUGGCCAAGGGUGCCAAGCGUAUUGCUGACUUUGACGGCGAUGAGGAGGACGACGAUGAUUCGGAGGAGGACCCAGACUUUACAGGAGAGGAUGACGAAGAUGAAGACGAAGAUUCAGACGACGAAGAUAACGACGGAGAUGAUGAUAACGAGCAGAGAGAAAACGAUGAUGAGGAUGACUCGGACAGCGACGAAGACGAGGACGAGGAGGAAGAGGAAGAGGAGGAGGUACCCACAGUGAAGAAACAGCUCGUUGUUGAACCCGUACCGCCUCCAGCUAAGAAGCAAAAGGUGGCCGAGGAGAAGGCCGUUCCUGUCAAGGCCAAGGAGGAACACAGAAAGAAGGAGGAACCCAAGGAUAAGGAAGAACCCAAGAAGAAGGAAGAGGGCAAGAAGGACAACAUUAAGACCCUUCCCAACGGCCUGAUCAUCGAAGAUGUCAAGGUUGGAAAUGGCGCUCGCGCUAAGGCAGGGAAAAAGAUUGGUAUGCGCUACAUCGGUCGUCUCACCAACGGUAAGGUCUUUGACAAGAAUACGAGCGGGAAGCCUUUCCAGUUCAACUUGGGCCGUGGCGAGGUUAUCAAGGGAUGGGAUCUUGGUAUUCAGGGCAUGCAAUUAGGUGGUGAGCGCCGUCUGACUAUUCCUUCAACCCUUGCAUACGGCGAGAAGGGCGCACCUCCAUCAAUCCCCCGCAAUGCCACAUUGGUCUUUGAGGUCAAGCUGGUGACUUUGAAGUAGAGGAGAACGCGUCGCAAGCACAUUGCAUCGGAACAGCGGGACAAUACUCGUACGCCUCACCCAUGUCACAUCAUAUCCAGCAUCAUUCAUACUAUCUAGUUCCUAUUAUAAUAAAAAGUAAAAAAGCCUUGCCAAGGUCUCAGAGAGUGUGG